AUGGGUGACUGCUGCUGUAAGAAUUCUGUGCCAGAUGUGUUUACAUAUGCACCAUCCUCUGCUACUCAGAGUGUUAAUUCACCAUAUGAGAAUAGGCAAAGGACUCCUAAAGUGGAUCCUAAUCUUGUUGAUCAGCUAGUUCUUGAAAUGUUAACAGUAGCUGCUUCAAGAGUGGAUACUGAUGAAGAAUCACCGGUGUCACUUGUGAAGUUACAUCUAAUAGCAGAUAAAGAGGAAGGAUGGAUUCAGAUGAUUACAUCAAUGGUUAAUGUGAUCCCUAUAGAAAACCCAUUUGGCCCAACAGCAAUUUCAAUUUUAUUGGAUGCUUGUCCAUUACCAUCCCGGGAAACUGUUAUUAAAGUGACGGAGCUCUUUGGCUUGUCGAGUGAAAGAGCUAAACAGGGCGAAAUUAAUGUUAGAGUAGAUCGUAAUAUAUGUAUUGUACUUGGGUCUCUUGCUGAAAAAUUGGUUGGACCUAAUAGUAUAGCGAUGCUCACUGAGAAGACUUUGGAUUAUCUCUUUACCUUCCUUGUCGACCACAGAGAACCGUGUCUUUGUCUGUUUGCUCUAAUAGCAUUGGAGAAAUUUGCUCACACUAUGGAGAACAAAAUAGUGAUCAAGGAUAAGUUGGAGAAAUAUGGAGAGAAUCCUUUGUUAUGUCUAGAAAAAUUUGCUGAUAGUGACGAUAAUAUAUGGAGACAAGUAGGAUUCUGUGCUAGUUGGUCCUUAGAUAAUCUAUUUGUGAUAGAAGGCAGAAAGCUUUCAUACGAGGUGGUAGACAUGAAAGAUAUUAAUGCGAUAUUAAAUUGCCAAGAUGUAAGUGAGUAUUUACAAAUAUCGCCCAAUGGCUUAGAGGCGAGAUGUGAUUCGUACUCCUUUGAAAGUGUCCGUUGUACAUUCCAAGUUGAUGAUGGAUGCUGGUACUACGAAGCGACGGUUGUCACACCUGGAGUCAUGCAAAUUGGAUGGGCAACGAAGAAUAGUCAUUUUUUAAGUGACGAGGGAUUUGGUAUCGGUGAUGAUUUGUAUUCAAUAUCAUACGAUGGCUGCCGUGAGCUGGUGUGGUAUAACGCCCGACCGACGUCCAUAACAGCAGUGAAGCCUUGGGCACCUGGUGACGUGUUGGGCUGUCUCAUUGACCUGGCUACGAAGGAGAUUAUAUUUUCAAUGAAUGGGCAAAGGUUGCCUACAUAUAACGAGAUAUUUGAAGCUACUAAAUAUGGUUUCUUUGCCGCUGCUAGCUUCAUGGCUUACCAACAAUGCAAAUUCAACUUCGGGAAGGAACCAUUCAAGUAUGCGCCAGAAGACAGAAUAUUCGCUACUUUCAAUGACUUUGGCCAACUUACAGAUGAACAAAAGAAGGUUAUUCCCAGGCGGUUAUACUUAGAGCGUCUACGCCACUCCAGCGUAAAAGAGGACUCGUGCACGCUUUGCUACGACGACACGGCAUGUUGUGUUUUAGAACCGUGCGGUCACAGGGGAUUCUGCUCGGUAUGUACGUCCAUGCUACGCGACUGCCCGAUGUGCCGUGGCGAAAUCCUGAACAUACGACGCGAGGCCAUCUGA